UUAUCGGGAAAAACCCAAACAAUCCCCUUUUUAUCUCUUUUUAUACUCCUGCUGCUUCCUUCCGCUUUGAAUUUUUAGGGUUUCGUUUUCUUUCUCUUCCUUCGCCUUGCUCCAGCUUAAACCAUAUCCCCGAUCUCUGCUACUAGCCGUUGCAUCUGUUCCCGCCAAUUUAACGCGCAUACCAGCCGUUGAUGGUCGUUUAUUUGAAAUUUUAGCCGUUAGAUCCGCCGUGUGUAGUGCCAUUUUGGGUUUUUAUUUUAUUUGUUUAUUAUCAGGAAGUCUGAUCAUAGUUUGACCAAUGUCGUCGGCGGUGUCAGCGGAGAAGAAGUCAGAGGAGAAUGAGAAGAAGGAGGUCAAGGGAGGAGAGAUGCUUUUCUGCGGGUCCACUUGCUGGGACAUGGUUGGCCGGAAAAAAGGUGCUUCUGAAGGCAACUUGAUUUCUCCUACUAGGCUCCGACCCCUUGUUGGUAUUGACAUUUGCUUCGUUGCCUCCGGUUGCAAUUCGUGUCAUUGCGUGGCAUUGGAUGUUGGAGGACGUUGUUAUACGUGGGGCCGCAAUGAGAAGGGGCAACUGGGUCACGGAGAUAAAAUUCAGCGUGAUAGGCCGACAGUUGUCUCUGAACUUUCUAAGUAUAAAAUUGUUAGAGCUGGAGCUGGUAGGAGCCACACAGUAGUGGUUACAGAAGAUGGUCAAUCUUUAGCAUUUGGCUGGAACAAACAUGGACAGCUUGGUUCGGGUUCAGUAAAAAAUGAGAUUGAGUCGUCUCCUGUUCGCUGUCUUGCUUCUGAAGUCAAGAAUACAGCCUGUGGAUCUGAUUUCACUGUGUGGUUAUCUUCAGUUGAAGGAUCUUCUAUACUAACUGCCGGCCUUCCACAGUAUGGUCAGCUAGGACAUGGAACAGACAAUGAGUACAAUAUGAAAGAUAGCUCUGUGAGGCUUGUUUAUGAAGCUCAACCUCGACCCAAAGCAAUAGGUUCUCUCGCAGGAGAGACUAUUGUCAAAGUUGCAUGCGGAACAAACCAUACAGUUGCUGUGGAUGCUAAUGGCUAUGUAUACACGUGGGGCUUUGGUGGUUAUGGAAGGCUUGGUCAUAGAGAGCAGAAGGAUGAGUGGGUCCCUAGAAGAGUUGAUGUCUUUCAGAGGCAGAACAUUCUACCUCCUGAUGCAGUUAUUUCAGCUGGUGCUGGGAACUCUGCAUGUACUGCUGGGGGUGGGCAAUUGUAUAUGUGGGGGAAGAUAAAGAAUACUGGUGAUGAUUGGAUGUAUCCAAAACCUCUCAUGGAUUUAAGUGGUUGGAAUCUACGUUGUAUGGAUUCAGGCAAUAUGCACCAUUUUGUUGGUGCUGAUAUCUCCUGCAUAAGUUGGGGACAUGCUCAGUAUGGAGAGCUUGGAUAUGGUCCUGAAGGACAAAAAUCUUCAGCAGUGCCCAAAAAGGUGGAUAUUCUCGAGGGCCUGCAUGUUCUUGGAGUUGCUUGUGGAAUGGGCCAUUCCAUGAUUAUAGUUGAUAGAACAGAUGUUGGUGACCAACUUGAUCAGCUUGAUGUUUAUGAUGGCAAGGCUUCUGCGGAAGGGAAUGAAGCUGCUGAAGCUAAGGAAUCCAUAAAAAAGGGUGCUGCUAAAGGUUCUGAGAAUUCCAAGAAACGGAAGGUUUCCAAAAGUUCAUCAGAGUCGGAAGACGAUGGGGACAGUGAUGAGGACAGUGGCAGCUCUGAGGAAGAGGCCAAUGGUAAGGCAGAAAUGAAGUCAAAACGGGGUGGGAAAGCUUCUGGCAGAGGACGAGGUAAGGGUGCCAAAAGUUCUGCAUCUGAUGGAAAAGGCGCUGCACGAGGGCGAGGGCGCCCUCCCUCAACUAAAAAUUCAAAAAGUCCACAAAGUUCUGGAGGAAAAACUGGUAAGAGAGGAAGGCCUCGCAAGGCAUAAUUUAUUUUCCCCCGGGUUUAAGUGGGAAAUUUUGUUUUUCUCGAUACAAGGAAGUUUUAACUUUAUAUGUUUGUUUUGAGUCACUUUCGACAUCUUCAUUCUCAAGUUCUUUAAUUGCUCUGUGCUUCCUUGAAGAAAACGAUGGUCCAGAAUCAACAUCUUGUAACAACUCUCAUUGAGGAAGUAAUUUCUCAUUGAUUUGUUCCGGAAUUGUCUUCUUUUAAGUUCUA